AUGGGAAGAGUUAAAGAUGCAGAUAAGCUGUUUGAGAAAAUACCUGAAAGAAAUGUUGUUAUUUGGUCGAUUUUGGUCCAUGGAUAUUCUAAAAAUGGGUUACAUGAGAAAUCAGUUGAAUGUUUCAACUCAAUGAGAAAUAUUGGUUUAGUGCCUAAUUCAUUCACUAUUGUGGGUGUUCUUGUUGGGGUCUCAGGAUUAAGGGACUUAAUACUUGGUCAAUCAGUUCAUGGACUGAUAGUGAAGUUGGGGUUGGAAGAUAAUUCUUUUGUGGGCACUUCACUUAUAGAGGUUUAUGCAACAUGUGGAAAAAUUAAUGACUCUUGCAAGAUAUUUGAGAACUUAAAAAGUCAAGGUUUGGUUCCAUGGAAUGCAAUGAUCAGUGCAUUUGUACAUAAUGGACUAUAUAAAGAGGCUUUCUUGAUAUUUAAUUGGUCUAGAAAGUCUGAUUUGCUUCCUAAUUCAAUGACAGUUAUGGCCUUAACACACAGCUGUGUGGCUAUGGAAUCCAAAUGCCUUUGUGAAUCUGUUCAUGCCAUGGUAGUUAAACUUGGUCUUAUGUCUGAUGUACAGGUUAAUAAUUCAGUUCUUUUUCUGUAUUCAAGUUUGAUGGGCUUACCUGCUGCUUGGGAAGUUUUCGAUACGAUGGAAGAGAAGGAUGUUAUCAGUUGGUCAACGAUGAUGAGUUUACUGGUUCACCUAGAACAUGCUUCAGAUGCCAUAAAGCUUUUCUUCCAUAUGAGAGAUUAUGAUCACCUCAUACUAAUGAAUCUCAUUUCAGCUUGUGGGAUUUUAGGAAACUUGAAGAUGGGAAAAUCUGUUCAUGCUCAAGUAUUAACUCAUGGUUUUGGAUCAGAGCUUCCUCUACUUAAUGCCACGAUUACUAUGUAUGCAAGAUGUGAGGACUUGAAUUCUUCAAGAACUGCUUUUGAUCAAUCAACCAUGAAAAGUAUGGUAUCAUGGACAUCUAUUAUUUCAGGACUUCUGCAUAACGGAAGACCCAAACAGGCACUAGAUAUGUUCAUUCGCCUUAGAAUUGAGGAAAACUUCUUCGUUGACUCAGUCGUUCUGGUAAGUACACUAGCUGCUGCUAGUGAAAUGGCUGCUUUAGAACUCUGCAUGCAGCUUCAUUGCCAUACUAUAAAAGCUGGAUUGACAAAUUAUAGAAGUAUCCAGAAUUGUCUCAUUUCAACCUACUCAAAGUGUGGGGAUGUUGAACUUGCAAACAAUGUUUUUGUGCAAAUGGCAUCUCUUCGUGAUAUUGUGUCAUGGAAUGCUAUUAUAAACGGGUAUGGUAUCAAUGGCCAUGGAGAAACUGCUCUUUCCUUGUUCUAUGAGUUCAGAAAGAGUGGAGUACCUGACAGUGCUACUUACUUGAGCAUUUUGAGUGCUUGUAGUCAUUCAGGAUUGGUUAGUGAAGGGUUGUUGCUUUUCAGUCAUAUAUUAGAAGAAAAUAGAAUCAGAAUUAGUGCAGAACAUUAUGGCUGUGUAGCUGAUUUGCUUGCUCGGGCAGGUUACUUAUCCGAUGCAAGUAAGUUCUUGGAUGGAGAAGGUAAGACUAAGACUUUUUGGAAGGCUAUAUUAAACGGAUGUGUGCGUAAUGGGGAUUUAAAUUUAGCAGAAUUUGCUGUGAGAAAGUUUCAUGAGCAGAUUCAGAAAGAUUCUGGUCAUCUUGUGCUACUCUCAAAUCUUUAUGCAUCAGUUGGAAGAUUUAAAGAUGCAGAAGCGUUGAGGUUGAGAAUGGAGGCCGAGAAAUUGAUUAAAGUUCCAGGAUUCAGCAUUCUCACUGGAAAUCUAUAG